AUGAUGGUUGCAAUCAGCACGUGGAAACUGUCACUGCAAUUGAUGCUGCUGCAGCUUCUGAUUGUGAAUUACAAUGAAGCAAACUAUUUAUGUCAGAAUUUGCAACUACAAAACUGUAGCAGAAUUGAGUGCACACCAGCUGGCUUCUCUUUUGAAUGUCCCAGAAUGUCUUCCUUGAACAAUCAUUGGCAAGCCCUAAUGAAAAUCUCUGUGAAUACAAAUAAUGGAGCAACAUUGCAAUGCACCAGUCACGAUGUGAAUUAUGAAUGGCUAAAUGGCAUCAGCAUCGGUUACGUCAAUUUUCUGGACAUUCAGUCUUGUCCAAUGCCAAAAAUGUCUUUGUCUACUUUUCUAGCAAAUAUGAAUAUUACUGGUAUGAAAAAAAUCAGAAUUGACCAUGGACUGGGGAAUUUGACAAUUGAUGAUCAAUACUUCCAUAAAAUUGAUAAUAUCACUCAUCUCCUCCUACCCAGCAAUUUUCUUACAGAACUUCCUAGUCAGCUCUUCCAAAACAUGAGAGAUUUAACAAAUUUAGAUUUGCAUGGAAACAAUAUCACUCUACAAAACGGUGAAUUAGCUGGGUUAAUAAGCCUUAAAAAAUUAGAUAUUGGUGAAAACAACAUUCAUCAAUUACUGCCAGGCACAUUUAAGGAUUUGAAAAAAUUGGAAUUCCUUACACUAUGGGGAAACAAAAUCUCAAAUCUAACAAAAGAUAUGUUCAUUGGUCUUGAAAACAUCUCUUCUCUUGAUUUUACUGCAAAUGAAAUUGUCUACAUAUCACCUGACACAUUCAUGGAAAUGGAAAAUCUAAAAAUUUUGAGCCUUGUCAAAAAUAAUCUUACAUCUCUCCCAGAAAAAAUUUUCUCAGCCACAAAGAAACUUGAACUGGUGAAACUUCAGAAUAACCACAAACUUAGCCAAAUUCCACGCAGAUUAUUUGCCGAUCUACCCCAGCUUAAUGAAAUUAUUCUUAGUAGAUGUAAUCUUUCUACUGUACCCGAGGACAUGUUCUGGAACACAUCCAAGCUCGCCAAAGUGGACAUAUCAAGAAAUUCCUUGGUAACAUUACCUGAAUUAUUAUUUCGAGACACAGAGUAUCUAAAAGAGCUUGAUAUAAGCAACAAUAAAAUAGCUUCCAUUCAUGGAUCUCCUUUUGCAUCUCUCAAGAAUCUGCAAAUUUUACAUUUAGAAAAAAACAAACUGACUUCAAUUAAUGAAGAGUUACUUCAAGGACCUCACGAGUUACAAUCACUUUACCUCAACAAUAAUAAUAUAGAAGACAUUCACCAUUAUGCAUUUCAAACCAUGACCAAGUUGCAAAUUCUUGUUAUGUCUCAUAACAAUAUCACAUUCAACAAUUUUAUACGAUAUGACUCUUCUCCGAUAUCUAACUGCCCCAAUCUGCAAGAACUAGAUUUAUCUCACAAUAACAUUCGAACAAUGUUCAGUGACUGGAUGUGGAUUCUCAGAAAAUUACACUCCUUGAAUCUAAGCUACAACAACUUUACAUAUAUCAGUGCACAAGAUCUGCAGUUCCUCUCUCCUCGAAUACUUGUGAACCUGCAGUACAAUAAAAUUGCAACACUAAAUCUCUCUUUUCUGGAAUUAAUGAAUUCACAAACUGCAAUUGAGGAGGCUUCUACUGAUAUGUUAGUGGUGGAUUUAACCGGAAAUGAAUUGGAAUGCAAUUGCAAAAUUUACGACGUUCUUAGAUACCAAGAAAAAAGGAUGAAACCAAUUACAUACAACAGACUAAGGAUGAUUAUUAAUACACUGUCAUGUAGAGGACCUCCACCUUUGGCUGGAUAUCCAAUAUCGAAAUUAAAUUCACUCACUUUCAAAUGUGAAUGGCAACAUUCCAACAAGUGUCCCACUCAAUGUCAAUGUUUUCAUUGGAUAGCUGCAAAGCAUCUUGAAGUGAACUGCACAGGGGCCAGUCUGACACAAAUUCCUCAAGAAUUACUUAAUCCAACAUUUCCAGAUAAAUUGUUAAUGGAUUUGUAUCUAGACAACAACUCGCUGCAUUCACUAUCUCUAAAUACCUCUCUCAAUAAGACAAAUGUAACAACUUUGUCUGUAUCCCACAACUAUAUUUCAUGGAUUGAAGAUGGUGCUCUACCAAAAAAUCUGAAGGAGCUGAAGUUGGAUCACAACAACAUGACGCGAAUGAAUUCUUCUCUUUUGGAAUUUCUAACUAAUAGAACUAAUGUAUCACUUCAUAGCAAUCCAUGGAAUUGUGAUUGCAAAGCCUUAGAUCUUCUUGGUUUUCUUCAAAACAGUUUUAGACAGGUGAAAAAUCUCUACAAUAUUACUUGUAAAGAAGGAAAUCCUAUUGCUCUGCUAAUAGCAGAAGAGAUAUGUCCAGUGGAUCAGACAAUUAUAAUAGUCGCUAGUUCAAUUACAGCUUUAUUAGGGAUUUUAGGAGGAUUACUUGCUGCCCUUUACUUCCGUUAUCAAAAUGAAGUCAAAGUUUGGUUGUAUGCCCACAACAUGUGUUUAUGGUUUGUCACUGAAGAAGAAUUAGACAAAGACAAAAUUUAUGAUGCAUUCAUCAGCUAUUCUCACCAAGAUGAAGAUUUUGUGGCAACCAAGCUAUUGCCUGAAUUGGAAAAUGGCACCCCUCCAUACAAGAUAUGUAUUCACUAUCGAGACUGGAUAGUAGGCGAAUUCAUUACAACACAGAUAACUAGAUCCGUAGAUGAAUCCAAACGCACUGUUGUAAUUCUUUCUAAAAACUUCAUUAAAAGCGAAUGGGGACGGCUUGAGUUCCGUGCUGCACAUAAACAAGCGCUCUCAGAAAAAAGAGCACGUGUAAUAGUUGUGGUGUAUGGAGAUUUGGGACCUAUAGAUGAACUAGACUCUGAGUUACGCUCUUAUUUAAGUACAAAUACGUAUGUGAAAUGGGGUGACCCAUGGUUUUGGGACAAACUUCGUUACGCACUUCCCCAUCAGCGCAGACCAGCAUUGAAAAAAUCACGCGGUCCAGAUAAACUAGAAUUAAUAAAUUCAUCUGCGAUAAUAAAGUCAUCAACACCACCAGCUGAAGUAGCAAUAAAUCCUUUAGAGGUAAUAAAUAAUCUCUCAAAUAAAAGAUGCAAAAUAUUAAAUGAACUGAAUGGUUUCACAAACAAUGGUUUUGCAAAUGGUGCAUGUGAAAUCUCAGUAAAGUCGAGUGAUUGUGAAUAAGUGAUAACUCCGUAAUGAAAAAACUGACAAAAGACAAGAUGCUAAGAAUGUUCGGUAAGAAUGUCAAAGUACCUGAUUAAGAAUAUACUGUUUUCAUUGAAACAGUGCCUGUAUAGUUACGCUUAGUAGAAAGUCCCACAAAAUUCCUGGAAUCUGAAAUUCAGUCCACCAGUUAUUGCUGUGACUAUUUUAUUUGCUAUUACUUGGUAAGUAAAGAGCUGCAUCAAAUUAAUUUUGAAUAAUUUAACCUAAACAUACAUUUUUUUCUUUUCUGACAAUCAAUGAACAUGUUUUCAAAAAUAUGUUUGUGUCCUUAUAAUGCUGGAACACUAUGUCUUCUGUAAUAUUUAUUCGCAUCUUCUGCUGUGAAGAAUUAAUAAUGCAUUUGUCUGAAAAUGACAAAUACAUUUUGAUGAUCUUGUUAAGAAUAAAAGUAUCUAAUGUCAAAAAUGCACAGUAAUUGGAGAUGAAAUGAUAGAAAAAGCAAGUACAAUAAAAAUAAUGUACACCAAGUACAAAAUAUAGAAAUAAAUGGGAGAAAAUUUAUCACUGAAAAUCAAAAUUUUGCUUCAAAAUUUGUCUCAUGUUUUUUCCAAGACAUAAUUAAUAUAUUUAUUGAUUGUUGACACCUGACGAUUCAUAUAAAUAUGACAUUAAACGUUGUGUUCUAGCAUUACAUUGUCAAUAAACCUUUUUUUUGAAAACUUGUUUGAUUGUCAAAAAAGAAAAAAGGGUACCUGCGAGUUAAAUUAUUACUAUAGUUAGUGACAAUCGCCCUAUUCUUAUUAUUGACACAUGUUUACAUUAAUUUUUCAUUUCAUAAGUCAUACCUACACUAAGAAAAAUGGUAAAACUGACAAAUGGGGGACGGGAGUUAUUUUGUACCUGUGCCAUAUAAUACAAUUAUUUCAAUACCAAAACUAUAAUUCAAUACGCAUCUAGAUCAUAAGGCAUUGCAGCAGCUAUUUGUUGUAAAUUAUUGUAAAUAAUGAAUACUUUGUAAUGAAAAUGUUUUGUAAAAAUUGUCUUUGUAUCAACCAAAAACCUACAAUAUCCUUCUCCGAACUUUAUUCGAUUGGAAUUCCUGAAGGUUUCUUCUUUCAGAUUUAUACACUAAUUUUCAUUCUUUGGCAUUUCAUAUUAAAAGAACUUCUAAAUAAAGCAAUGUAGUUGUAGAAUAUAUAGAAUAAUUAUUUCCAUUGGACCUCAGGCUAUCAGCCCGACAAGCAAUAUCCAUAUUAAAUACUAAAUGUUCCAAUAGAGGGAAAAAAAACAUUUAAUAACUAUAGAAAAUAUAUUGAAGUCAUAACUGUAACAAACAAUUCACAUUCAACAAUAGUGAUUGCCCAUGGUUAUUCAACGUAUCAAUGGGAUAAUCAACAUGUAACUUAAGGUUCAAUGGUACUGAACCAUGCUGGUUAACUCUUUAGCUUUGCACAAUAUUUGAAGUGCUUUUAGUAAUUCAGAUAAGCACUUAAAUACCUUUUCGAAUAUUUACUGCAAAAUAAGCAACCCACAGGAUGAAUGCCUUACUAGUGUAAGAAACUAAAAUAUCGAAUGUGUCCUGUAUUUAAUAAGUUAUUUUCUUUAGACUUCUUUGAGUUAAUUAUUUUUCUGGAGGCCAGGAGUGUCAAAAAAAAAUAAAAUAAAAUAAAAAGUAAUUGGUAGUGUACUGGAUUCUACUAUAAACAGGAGGGUGUGUUGGAAAAUGUAAUUAAAUGGAAUUUAAGAGAACAAUUUGCAUUACUUUGAAGAUAUCAGACAACAAUAAACAAACUGCAGAUUUGAUUUUUCUGUAUUGCUAACAAAAUAGUAACUUGCCCUUACCUCUACUCCAACCACAACAAGCA